AUGCACACGAUGUUCUUUAUGAAGGUGUACAUGGUGUUCUUUAUCAAGGUGUACAUGGUGUUAUUUAUGGAGGUGUUCAUGUUGUUCUUUAUGAAGGUGGCUACAGUGUUCUUUAUGACGGUAUACACGGCGUUCUUUAUAAAAGUGUUCAUGGUGUUCUAUAUGAAGGUGUUCAUGGUGUUCAUGGCGUUCUUUAUGAAGGUGUACACGGUGUUCUUUAUGAAGGUGUUCAUGGUGAUCUUUAUGAAGGUAUACACAGGGUUCUUUAUGAAGGUGUUCAUGGUGUUCUUUAUGAAGGUAUACACGGUGUUCUUUAUGAAAGUGUUUAUGGUGUUCUAUAUGAAGGUGUUCAUGGUGAUCUUAAUGAAGGUAUACACGACGUUCAUUAUGAAGGUAUACACGGCGCUCUUUAUGAAGGAGUUCAUGGCGUUCUGUAUGAAGGUGUUUAUGGUGUUCUUUAUGAAGGUGUACAUGGUGUUCUUUAUGCAGGUGUUCAUGGUGUUCUUUAUGAAGGUGAACACGGUGUUCUGUAUGAAGGUGUACAUUGUGUUCUUUAUGAAGGUGAACACUGUGUUCUGUAUGAAGGUGUACAUGGUGUUCUUUAUGAAGGUGUUCAUGGUGUUCUUUAUGAAGGUGUUCAUGGUGAUCUUUAUGAAGGUGUACACAGUGUUCUUUAUGAAGGUGUACACGGUGUUCUUUAUGAAGGUGUACACGGUGUUCUUUAUAAAGAUGUGUACAGUGAUCUUUAUGAAGGUGUUCAUGGUGUUCUAUAUGAAGGUGUUCAUGUUGAUCUUUAUGAAGGUGUUCAUGGUGUUCUAUAUGAAGGUGUUCAUGGUGAUCUUAAUGAAGGUAUACACGACGUUCUUUAUGAAGGUAUACACGGCGUUCUUUAUGAAGGUGUUUAUGGCGUUCUUUAUGAAGGUGUACACGGUGUUCUUUAUGCAGGUGUUCAUGGUGUUCUGUAUGAAGGUGUACACGGUGUUCUUUAUGAAGGUGUUCAUGGUGUUCUUCAUGAAGGUGUUCAUGGUGUUCUUUAUGAAGGUGAACACUGUGUUCUGUAUGAAGGUGUACAUGGUGUUCUUUAUGAAGGUGUUCAUGGUGUUCUUCAUGAAGGUGUUCAUGGGGAUCUUUAUGAAGGAAAACACGGUGUUCUGUAUGAAGGUGUUCAUGGCGUUCUUUAUGAAGGUGUACACGGUGUUCUGUAUGAAGGUGUACAUGGUGUUCUUUAUGAAGGUGUUCAUGGUGUUCUUCAUGAAGGUGUACAUGGUGUUCUUUAUGAAGGUGAACAUGGUGUUCUUUAUGAAGGUGUAA